AUGAUACCUCUCUAUUGGAAAUCCUUGCUACUUCUGAUUUCAGUGCUUCAACCAGUGUAUGCGGAUUGGCAGUUCCGUUCUCGACCCGACCUGUCGCCACCAAGGUUGAAUAUCACUGUGCCUGCUCAGCCAGCGGUCGAAAAAGGAUUGAUCUUCGUCGCUCAGUACCAUGGCUUUGAAGAAGGCAGUUCUGGACCUGAGCAGCCCGCAGCUUAUAUCUUUGAAGAUAAUGGUGACCUAGUCUGGUCGAGUGUCGGUCACCUAGCCGGUUGGAUCGCUGACUUUGGACCAACCGUCGUGAACAAUGCGCUGGUUUUGCGAGCUUUUCAGGGAAUACUCGAUGGUCCUCAUGGUCGCAUGUAUGGCGAUCAUGUUCUUCUGGAUGAGCAUUACAGGACUAUCAAGGUGGUGAAGCCAGCUUCUCAUCGACUUGUCUCCUGCCAUGAAUUUCAAGUAGUCAAUGGAGAAUCUGUCCUGAUGGAGACCCCAGUUGCCGUCCCUAUUAAUUUGAAGCCAUUUGGCGGAGAUGCCUCUCAGAGUUGGAUCGUAUCGAAUGGUUUCCAAGAAGUGGAUAUAUCUUCUGGAAAGCUAUUAUUUGAAUGGUACAGCCUGGAUCAUGUCAAUCCAGAAUAUUCCGCAUUUCCCCUUGAGAGCGAGGGGGUCUUCAAGGGUACAAGCUCCCUGGACGCCUGGAAUUAUUUCCACAUAAACAGUGUGGAUAAAGAUGAUGAAGGAAACUAUCUGAUAUCCGCACGCAACUACGCUGCAAUUUUCAAGAUCAAUGGGACAGAUGGUGAAAUCAUCUGGCAACUAGGCGGCCGUCGUGGUUCCGACUUUGACGUGCCGUCGAAUGUCAAAUUCGCUUAUCAGCACGAUGCCCGAUUCCGGUAUCGCUCACCCAACGGAUCAAUUGAACACAUCUCAUUCUUCGAUAACGCCGAUCAUUCAGCCCCCGGUCGAUCUAUCAAUCCCUUCUCUCGAGCCCGGUUUGUGGAGCUUAACCACGAGACUUUAACGGCAACGGAGAUCCAUACGUACCGGCCGCCUGAUAAUCUGGUAACCCACUCUCAAGGAAACUUGCAAUUUCUGGAAAACGGCAACAAGUUUGUCAACUGGGGCCAGGCUGGAGCUGUUACUGAGUUUUCAGAAGAUGGAAAUGUCCUUUUCCAUGCCUAUCUUGACUCUGGUGACAACCGAAAUGUACAGAGCUACCGGGGCUUUCGCGCAAAUUGGAGAGGAUUCCCCGACGAAGAGCCUGCUGUGUUACCCAUUCUAGACUCAAAAGAAAACCUCUCGGUUUUUGUGUCUUGGAAUGGUGACACCGAAACAAAGUUCUGGCAGUUUUACUUGCAACGGGCUGGUACAAAUAGUGCCUUUUUAUUGGGAAAGCAGAAAAGAACGGGGUUCGAAACCAAAACCAGCAUUGAUUUUAGUAACAUCCGGAGCAAAACUGGGGACGAAAAAAUUUUCGCCGAGGCGUUCGAUUCUCAAGGAAGAUUUCUCAGAAGAACGGUGCCUGUCACCAUAAAAAGCCAUCUUCCUGAUUAUUUACAGGAGUCGAGCGGAGGCAGACUGGAUCAAGGAGAUGGUUCUUUUAGGGCACAGUACCCUUUGAGACUUUAG